GCUCCACAGACACGACAUUGCUUGCCCGGUCCAACCCGGUGAAGAGGAGUCGCAUCAAAAAACACAAUAAAAUGAUUUAGAUGGAGAGCGGGUUUGUCUGGGGGAGAGUCGGCUGCAUUGUGGCGUUUCGGAUUUCUAUUUAUUUAUUUUCCUUCUGAUUAUUCUCCCUGCGGUGGCUGACAUAGCCUACAUGGCUGCUGCUGAGCGGCAGGAGUAUUGUUGAGGGAAUCUAUUUGUUUAUGUUAGUAUGUAAUAUAGUUGAAAGAUGGGUCGAAACAAACCGAACCGAUUUCAUCUGGAAAUGGAUGCUGGCAUCGGCAGGAAAGCGUUAACGGGGUGCGCAUAGGGAGGUUUCAGCAAGGCUGUGGCUGCAGGGAAACGGAGAGCACAGUGCUUGUGCUUAGCAUCCAUUUAAAUACAAAAGGCGAAAUGAUUUCAGUGCACAUGUCGAGCAAAUAUUCACGUAUCCUCGGUUAAGGAAUUCAGAAAUAACAGAAAUAAGACGAAAUGCGUAUUUCGGCUGCGCAUCCACCUGUGUAUCUUAAAUGGAGGCUUCUCGUGUAAUGAUAAUAACAAGUAUAUUGAUAGUUUAUUAAAAAGUAAGACAAGUAAUACAUUAAGCAACAGCAAUUUAAAAACCUGAUUUGAUACAGGACUAGUGACAAAAGCCAAUUUCUCCUUCGUGAGACAGCUUUUUUUCCUGAAAAUCAGCUGUGCUGCAUUGAGCAGCCGUAACCAGGUACUGUUGCCAAAAUGAUGGAGCUACAGAUUGACGAGGUGGUGUACCAGGACGACUAUGGCUCCGUGUCUGUGAUGUCGGAGCGUGUGUCGGGCCUGGCCAACAGCAUCUAUCGGGAGUUCGAGCGACUGAUCCGCAGCUACGAUGAGGAGGUAGUGAAAGAGCUAAUGCCAUUGGUGGUCAAUGUGCUGGAGAACCUGGACUCGGUACUUACGGAGAACCAGGAGCACGAGGUGGAACUUGAACUGCUGAAGGAGGACAACGAGCAGCUGAUUACCCAAUACGAGCGCGAGAAGGCGUUACGGAAACAAGCUGAAGAGAAGUUCAUUGAGUUUGAAGAUGCCUUGGAAGCGGAGAAGAAGGAACUGCAGACUCAGCUGGAGAGCUUGGAACUGCACAGCAAGCAGCUGGAGCUCAAGACCAAAAACUACGCAGACCAGAUAUCCCGACUAGAAGAGCGGGAAUCAGACAUGAAGAGAGAGUACAAUGCUCUCCAUCAGCGGCACACAGAGAUGAUUCAGACGUAUGUGGAACACAUUGAAAGGUCCAAGAUGCAACAGGUUGGGAGCAACAGCCAAUCAGAGGGCAUCGGCUGUGGAAGAACCAAGACGGAGCGCCCGCCGUCGCUCAGCCUCUUCCCUGGCGUGGAGGGGAUGGUACGUGGGUGUCAGGGGGGGGCUAGGAUGACGCCCGGGUCUGACGUGUGGCAGGUCAGCGAGCUGAGCCAGCCGCGCACCAUCUCCAGCUACAAGGAGGAUGAAUCUGAAUCGGGCCAGUCGUCGGUCGCAGCCACACCCAGCAGCACAGGCACCAAGUCCAACACCCCCACCUCCUCUGUACCCUCGGCCACGGUCACUCCCCUCAACGAGUGCUUCCAGUCCAUGUCGGAUUUCGAGAUGAUGCACAGCAACAACCGGCGGAAGAAUGCCAAGCGCCUCAGCAGGAACAUGGAGGUGCAGGUCUCCCAGGAGACCCGGAAUGUCAGCAUUGGGAUGGGCAGCAGUGAUGAAUGGUCCGAGUUCCAGGAGAUCAUUGAUUCUACUCCAGAGCUGGACAUGUGUGUGGACCCACGCAUCUAUGGUGGAGGAAACAGCCCCUCCCAGGGCAUUGUCAAUGAAGCCUUUGGCAUCAAUACUGACUCCCUGUACCACGAGAUCAAAGAUGCCAAGUCUGACAUCAUAGGGGACGUGGAUGCAGGGGCAGAGCUGCUGGGGGAGUUCUCAGUGCGUGAUGAUUUCUUCGGGAUGGGGAAAGAAGUGGAGAACCUCCUGACAGAGAACAAGCAGCUCCUGGAGACCAAGAAUGCCUUGAACAUUGUGAAGAAUGACCUGAUCGCCAAAGUGGAUGAGCUGUCCAGCGAGCAGGAAGUCUUGAGAGAGGAGCUGGAGGCUGUGAAACAAUCCAAGACAAAGGUGGACUCCAGAGUGAAAGAGCUAGAGGAGGAGCUCAAGAGGUUGAAAGCAGAGGCCUUAGGAGCCACACAGGACUCCAAGGAGGAGGGAGGCGAUGAUUACUCCUCCCCACUCCAGGACGAUGUGCCUAUCGCCCAGCGGAGACGCUUCACCCGCGUGGAGAUGGCGCGGGUCCUCAUGGAGCGCAACCAGUACAAAGAGCGGCUGAUGGAGCUGCAGGAGGCCGUGCGGUGGACAGAGAUGAUCCGAGCGUCCAGGGAGAGUCCGCAGAUACAGGAGAAGAAGAAAUCGACCAUCUGGCAGUUCUUCGCCCGGCUCUUCAGUGCUUCCUCCAGCCCUCCGCCAGCCAAGAGGCCCUACACAAGUGUCAACAUCCACUACAAGUCCCCAUCGCCGGCCGGCUUCUCACAGCGCCGCAGUCACACCAUGUGCCAGAUCUCCACUUCCAACCGCACGCUGGAAUUCUUCCCAGAAGACGACAGCGCGCUGUCGGCUCGGCGGGAGCAGCGGCGCGAGCAGUACCGCCAGGUCCGGGAGCACAUGCGCAGGGAGGACGGGCUCAUGCAGGCCUGUGGCUGGAGCGUGCCGCCCCGUUACAAACAGACAGGCGCUCUGCUGGAGCACUCGCAGGAGGGGUCCCUGAAGAAACACCAGCUCAGUCCCAAUGACAAGGAGGACAACCGCAUGAAGAAUGUCCCUGUACCUGUGUACUGUCGCCCCCUGGUGGAGAAAGAUCCCAACAGGAAGCUGUGGUGUGCAGCCGGAGUGGACCUGACUGGGUGGAAAGUGGCCUCCACACAGGAAACACGGCCCAGCGGCACUGACCCUCUGGCAACAGAGGGCAGCGGAGAGGAGAACAAGAGCAACCACAGCUCCCCCGAGAAAAAAAAGUCGAAGGAGCUUCACGAGACGGACUCCAUGAACAGCCGGGUGUGGAUCCUCACCAGCACCCACUCCGCCAGCAACGUGGUCAUCAUUGAUGCCAACCAGCCUGGCUCACUGGUCGACCAGUUCAACGUCUGCAACGCCCAUGUACUUUGCAUUUCCAGCGUGCCAGCGGCCAGUGAGAAUGACUACCCUGCAGGGGAGAUAUUCCCAGAGCAGGGUGAGGGGGGCUCGGAGGAGGCCGGGGGCAUGGAGGGCAUGCUGGCUGGCAUUACACUGGUGGGCUGUGCCACUAACUGCAGCGUGGUCCGCAGCAACUGCUCCUCCCGCACCGACACCCCAGUAGUGGACAGGGGUCAGGGCCACGUGGCUCCGCUGAUGAACGGGAAGAUGCACCCAGCCCAGUCCGCUGAGGAGGCCACCGAGGCCACCGAGGUGCCCGAAACUGUAGCCAGCGAGGCCGAGGAGGCAGCAGCCCCGCCUGGCCCCUUCACUGAGCAUGUGUUCACUGACCCCCACCCCCCAGCUGCAGAUGUACCAGUGGGCAGGGAUGCCGGCCAGACAAAGGAGGAGGCAAAUCCUGCAGGCCAUGAAACUGAGGAAGGAGGCGAGGAGUCCAGAGCUGGCACCAGCGCUGCCCCAACCAUGUGGCUGGGCGCUCAGAAUGGCUGGCUCUAUGUACACUCUGCUGUCUCCAACUGGAGGAAGUGUCUCCACUCCAUCAAGCUGAAGGACUCCGUUCUCAGUCUUGUGCAUGUGAAAGGGAGGGUGCUCGUGGCUCUGGCAGAUGGGACACUGGCCAUCUUCCACAGAUCUGAAGACGGCCAGUGGGACCUGAGUAACUACCACUUGAUGGACCUGGGGCGCCCGCACCACUCCAUCCGUUGCAUGGCGGUGGUGCAUGACAAGGUGUGGUGCGGCUACAAGAACAAGGUGCACGUGAUCCAGCCCAAGACCAUGCAGAUCGAGAAAUGUUUCGAUGCACACCCGCGCAGGGAGAGCCAGGUGCGUCAGCUGGCGUGGGUUGGGGACGGUGUGUGGGUGUCGAUCCGGUUGGACUCCACGCUGCGACUCUACCACGCCCAAACCCAUCAGCACCUGCAGGAUGUUGAUAUUGAGCCGUAUGUCAGCAAGAUGCUCGGUACGGGCAAGCUGGGCUUCUCCUUUGUGCGAAUCACGGCGCUCCUGAUCGCAGGGAACCGCUUGUGGGUGGGGACAGGGAAUGGAGUGGUCAUCUCCAUCCCCCUGACUGAAACUGUAGUCCUUCAUCGGGGACAGCUCCUGGGUUUGAGGGCCAACAAGGUGUCCCCCACGUCGUCGGGCGGUGUGAUCCACGUGUACUCGGAUGACAGCGCGGAGAAGGCCAGCGGCAGCUUCAUCCCCUACUGCUCCAUGGCCCAGGCGCAGCUCUGCUUCCAUGGCCACCGGGAUGCCGUCAAGUUCUUUGUCUCUGUGCCAGGCAAUGUGUUGGCCACCCUGAACGGCAGUGUGCUGGACAGUCCCACAGAGAACACUGGCUCAACAGCACCCCCAGAGUCUGAGGCCCAGAGUGUGCACAAUGUACUAGUGCUGAGCGGUGGAGAGGGCUAUAUUGACUUCCGCAUCGGGGAUGGAGAGGAUGACGAGACAGAGGAGGGCUCGGGCGAGGCUCCACAGAUCAAGCCAGCAUUGUCAAAAGCAGAGAGGAGCCACAUUAUCGUGUGGCAGGUGUCCUACGUCCCAGAGUGACACCAAAGUCCUGCAGCCCCCCACCCCCCAAAACUACCCCUGUCAUUCCCGGCACACCCCCCACUCCCACUCCCCCAAGGCACUGGCCAGAACUGCCCUGCACCUUACAAACCAACACCUUACAGACAGACAUCAGAAAUCUGCUACAACUGAAUCUAACUUUCCUUAAAAAACCUAUUACCUUGUACCCGUCCCCACCCUUGUUUGCAGAUGUGCUAGGACUUUGGGGUCACCUCAUUAAGUCCCGGCCCCCAAUGCUCUGCUCACAGCUCACUGCUGGCCACAUAGGGCUGAGUCACCUCAUGGGCGGCUGUCAGAACUUCUCCCAACCUCAGAUGCAAACAAAGGACACAGCAUGAAUAUGCUACUUGAGAGGGCUGCAUCCUAAAAUGGAAUAAAAGUGGAAUGUAGUUGUUUUGAGGGAAAAUGCUAAGGUGUGAUCAAACAGUGGGGGCAUGUGUGGAAAGUCAGAAGCCUUUGGAGAGGACAUCAGUGUCAUAGGGAUGGAGGCAGAGGAACAAAGCAAGUCGAGAGAAGGUUGAGGGGUUAUGUUGUAAUAUGUAAUGAAGCUGAUCUGAUGCUCAGUUGAAUGGGAUAACUGAAUGCUUUACACACAGAAUAAGAUAAUAAUAAAAUAAGGCUCAAUUGAUGAGAAGAGGCAGAAAGAAGUAGGACAGAAAGAAGAUAGUGGAGUUGUGUAGUGUAAAAUGAGUUUGAAAGAAAAACAGAUUUGGACAUGAUAUCAUAGGGCCACAGUUCAAUCAUACAGAUUAUUGUGUCAUUUAAUGAACUGACCACUUAUUACUGCUGUGAUCUCUGUGGCCAAUGGCUGCUUUUUUAAUGACCACUCACUGCAUACCAUUAAUGCAAUCUGGCUAUUUAUUUCUGCACUGAAAAUUCCAGCAACCAGCACUACAGCACCAAAUCCAUCUAUUACCCCUUUCAGGAAGCCAAAGUGUUUGUAUAUUUGAACUGGUAAUGGCAGGUUUUAUGGUGUAAAUAGAUAUAUAUUUAUAUACAUAUAUACAUAUUUAAGUAAAACAAAAACAUAUGAAAUAGAGGCCAGUUGUAGACAAAUAGUUCAGCAAGUUGCACUGACUUUUUGACACAGACUAUGCUGAAAAUAGAAAAAAAAGCAGGAAGGGACAUAGUGUUGUUUUUAAAUGAUGAACUUUUUGGGGACCAAGACACCUGCUUUGAAGGGAUUUGCCUCUGCAAACUACCUGUCUUGAGAAGUGUGCCUCAAAAAUCAUAGCAUAUAGAUCACAGGGGCCAAGCAAGUGGUACAUUUUCACAUUUUAAACUCAUAAACCAUGGGAAAUUGUGCAAAUUAUGCAAAAUUACUGGUUUCCCAUGUGUCAAGCAGUAACAAGGAAAUCUAGUGAGAACAAGUCAGAAACAAAUACAACCUCCAUAUCCUCGCAAUUUACACAGACAGCUGCCAAAAUCGAUGCCCUGGAUCAACAACUCUUUACGUAAGUGGUUGGCCCACUGUAUUGAUUCUGGUAUCCAUUCAUCAGUUAUAUGACUGGGACAUACUUAAACAAAGCACUAGCCACACCCCUGCACCACAUAAUGAUUGGUCAGUGCCCUAUUCCUCUUUUGUGACCAACAGUAAGCUGUGAGCUGAUUGGCUCAUGAAUCCUUUUCACCGAGAUUCCGCUGUGUUCCAUAUGUAAACCUCCCUGUAUGUAAAGCAAUUGAACCGUGUGGCCUGAUGCCUCACUCACCCAAGUCUCCUGGAAGCUGAGGCAGUAAGGAUAUCUCUACUUCUCCUCAUUCCCCUUCCCUGCUAUGUACUUAACUCAUCAAACAUCUCUUAUCUGUAUGUAAUAAACCUGUUCGUGCUAUGAA